AUUUACAACUAAAUAAAUUGUCUUCAUACUAGGUUGAAUUAUUUGAAGUGUUUGAGAUAAAUUAAUUUGACUAUAGAAAAUUUCAUUAUAUUUAGGGCAUGAAUACAGAUAUUUGAUAAUGUAAAGGAUAUAUCACAUUACCGAGGGCCUACCAGCAUAUAGUGACUGAUCAGUCAGCCACCAACAAACAUUUAACAGAUCGAAGCAUAUAUUCAUGUAAAUGUUCUGAUGGAUACAAACACCGAGCAUGACAACAAUUGACAUCAGUACAGCAAUACAAGUGGGACAGAAAGCUAAAAGUAUUGUCAAGGGUUUGAUGUAACAUCUGCGCAACAAUAAUGAAUUGUAUAAACGCAUGUUUAUUUUGUGGCAACCACAAACGCCAAGAUGACCAUAAAAUGAAAAACAUUGUUUCAAAAUGUAAAAAAAUACAUCCAUAUUUUGGUGAAAAUCAAGCAUCUUCAUUAAGCAGAAGGAAACUAAGUUUAAGAUGUCAUUCACCGGAACAUAUGUGUUCCAUGCGUUUGGAUCAUCUUCUUUACUUCAUAGCAUAUCAUAUUGACAACGACGAGUUCAAACGAUUAAAACUGAUACUAACAGGUCCCGAAGGAAUAAGUGGAAAUAUUCUGGAGAAAUGCAACACGUGUUCUGCUUUGUUUACUGUACUUAAACAAAGCGGGUAUAUCUCGGGAGAUAAUGUUUCGAUACUGCUUAAAGUUCUCCAUAUUUUGAGAAAAGAAGAAUUAAAGCAACUCAUAGAACAAUAUUGUGUUGAUGAAGGAAUGGACUUUCACAAUUACAAAUCUGGCCUAGCACAACCAUAUGUGUCUCACAAUCAAAAACUCAAUGAGAUGUGGAAGAAAACUGGUCGAAAUGAAACAAUAUAUGAGGAAUGUGAGAAGAUAUGCAAACUUAUUGAAAAUAUGUCUUACUCCAUUUUUCACGUUUGGCCAGCAUACGACACAAAGGCAAAUGAUGAUAUCGUGUUUGUUGUUCUGACUAAGAGCAUUGGGGACAAAUUGCAGGUUGAAGAGGAACUUGGAAAUAUUGGUUAUAAUAUCUUUGUGACAAAUGUUGAUUCGAACAGCAAUGAAUCAGAACAAGUUAUAAAAAAACAAACUAAACUAAAAUCAAAUGUGUGUCAAUUUCAAAUCGAAUCUAUGAAAAACGUUAUCAAUAAACAUUCUGAUCGACUUCUACAAAAUCACCAAUAUCUAUCUGCCAUUUCCGGCAGUACGGUUAGAUCUAAAAACUUUAGUUUAGGAAAAUCAAAGCAUUGCGUCUCGGUCCAGUCGUGUAUCGUCCUAUAUGUUAUAGCAAAAGGUAAAGUUCCAUUGCACGAAAAUACAUUUGAAAGCCAAAUUGAUGGUAUUCCAGUUGAUGUCAGAGAGGGGACGUUUGAAACAACAAAUUUGCCAUCUCAAAAGUAUUUCAGACCUGUGAAAAUGGGCUGUCAGAUUACUUCAAAUAAAACAUCUCCCUCAUAUGGAACAUUGGGAGGGUUCUAUUACCAUACAGAUCUUGGACUCUGUGGUAUCACAUGUGCUCAUGUUGUUUUAGAUGAGGCAGAAAUGCAUGAUCUAAGAGGUGAAAAAAAAAUUUGGAACACGGAUCCGCCCAUGGUUUUUCAGCCAGACAUAUCAAGACUGAAAUAUCAACUUGGCCCUGUGAAAGAAGUAGUGUACAAAGCUGGAAAUGAUAGCUCAAGUGGCAUAGAUAUGGCUAUUUUCAAAUUAGAAGGCAGGGCUCCCAACUCAGGUCACUUCCCAGCAGGACCAGGGCUGUGUUUCGAAACUGGACGAACGCUUGGAACAUCUGGCUUAAAGCACAAUACUCAGGUUUUGAAGUAUGGCCGGACGACUGAACUUACUAGAGGAUAUAUUGAGUUUGAAAAUGUCACUGUCCGAGCGAUAAGAUAUGAACGCAGGUACACAGUUAACAAUUGUGAAUAUACUUAUUUUCUGAAAAAUCAGAUUCAAAUCAGACCUGACAUUUCGGACUUUCGGCCGUUCAAUGAUGAUGGUGAUUCGGGAGCUUUCGUUUUCGCUAAGGACACCGACAAUCAGUUAGCGUGUAUCGGAAUGUGUGUUGGGAAAAUAGAUUUAAGUGCUGUUGUAAUCCCAAUAUCUGUUAUUAAAGAGGAAUUAGGCGUUUCACAGUUGUAUGACUUUCGAUGGAAUCACAUAAGUGAAAAGUUGAAGGAAAUAGACAGGGAAAUGAAGAUAAGGAACAAUCAACAGAAUAAAAUGGACAAGAAACUAGACAAGAUUCUAUCAAAAUUAUCUUCCAGUUCAAAGAAAAAAUGACAACUUCUGUGAAGUGUUACACCAAUCAGGAGAAAAGCAGAUAUGAUGUGUUUGUAAUAAUUCUGAUCAUAAUUGUUGUGAUGGUUUAGGAACAGGUCAACAAAAAAUAGGAUAAAUGACAAUUUCUGAAUUGAAGUUUAUUCGAGUAAAACAGUGUCUGUUUAAAUAGUUUUAAGUACUAACAUUUUGCUUUACUGUAAAGCAAAAAAAAUAAUAUGUAAGAAAAACAUUGUUUUACGAUAAAUCCCUCAUAUUCUCUGUAAGCAAAUAUAUAAAAGCCAUUUCUUUAAACAAUGGUGGAUAUAUUCAACAUCGUAAAAUGAUAAAUGUCAGCAAGACUAGGAAGGAGAGUCCGAUUAUUCUCAUGCAAUCCUUAAAUCAUAUUCAAUAUUUAUUUUUCAAAAAAGGCGGUGUGAAAAAAGAUAAUCACACUUACAGAGAAGUGUCCUCUGAUAUAUGCAUGCAGUUUAUGCAUGAUUACUUUUAUCAAAAAGAUAAGAGUGCAAGUCUGAUCCUUAAGUAUUAUAUAACUGUUACAGUGAAUAUACAUGUAUUCCGUUUGUCACAUAACAUGAACACAGAAAUUAAUGUGUAUAUUCAAAAAAUAAUGAAUGAAAUGUGGUUACAUAUCAAGGUCAGGUAACUUCAAGUUAUUACAAAAAGAUCUAAUUUUGUUUACACGACAAAACAUUUGGAAAUGUAUCAAUUAAUCUCUCUUGAUAAUGUAUGUACAAAACAAACAAUAAAAAAUGUUAACAACCAAAAACCUUCUUAACCAUUGUAAAAAUCAUUGUCAUGUUUGUUUAUAGAUCUGUAACAUCCUUUAACAUAAUAAAAAUUAUUUGAAAUGAACCCGUUAUCAUUUAAGUUAUUCAUAUGUUCAUGUAUGUAUUUGUGUACAGUGAGUUGAGUGAAAAAAAAAGUUAUUGUGGUUCUAGUUUGGGAAAUGAAUAUCGCAACACAAAU